UCUCGAAGAGCGCCAUCUUGAAUCACGUGAUUUGAAUCGAAUGAUAAGACGAAGCAGAUCAGCUUUGACUACGGUGUUGUCUGUUUCUCAGUGAUUCUAACCUAAAAAUUAGUUAUGGCUGAUACAGAUCAAGAUUUAGGAGAUCGUGGUGAUGGUGAUAAUGUUAAAAACGACAAGUUAUUUACUUUGAAGAAAUGGAAUGCCGUGGCUAUGUGGAGUUGGGAUGUCGAAUGUGACACAUGUGCCAUUUGUCGAGUACAGGUUAUGGAUGCGUGCCUACGUUGUCAAGCAGAAAGUAAAAAGGACUUUUAUGGACGACAGGAUUGCGUUGUUGUAUGGGGCGAGUGUAACCAUUCGUUUCAUUAUUGCUGCAUGUCCUUAUGGGUGAAACAAAACAAUCGUUGUCCAUUAUGCCAACAGGAAUGGUCCAUCCAAAGAAUGGGAAAGUAACGACAACGUAAAAAUAGGACACCUAUCCUUUUAACGUUGUUUUUCUUCUUCUUCUACAUUUUUUCCCCCCUAUUAUUAAUAAAUACAAUCUUUGUGUCGUUUUAAACAUUUUUUUUUUUCUUUCGUUCGGUCUAAUUUUUCUGACGUUUCGUACAACUUCAUCAAAAUUAUUCACAGUACAAAAAAUUCUGCAUUAAUCGCGUUACUCGAAUGUAACCAGAUAGAUUUCGCAGGAUAUCAGUUGAAAAAAAAAAAAAACAAAAAUGUUCGCAAAAUUAAUAUUCUUUAU